UGUUCUUUGUGUUCGGUAUCCAAAAAUUUUUGUUAAGGAGUGCUUUUGGUGUUCGCUUAUUUGUUCACGUGCCACUUACCGACCCCUUUUUCUCUUUCAACUAGGUACCUAGUCCCUAUGUAAGUUUUGGUACUACGAUAUCAAAAAUAGACAUGAGCACAACACCAAACUCAGAGAUCCAUUCUCCAAAUGACACAGAUCUGGACCUCGACCCCGCCGAACUAGCCGCCAUGAAAGAAGAAUCGCCCUCCCUCUACCCAACGCAAAGCCGCGUCGAACCCCCAAAAUCGCUCUUCAAAGAGAUAUGUUUCGUCGGCGUGCUCUCCAUGGCGCAACUCAUGACCCAAGCUUCUCUCGGCCAAGCCAUCGCUCCUCUGCACAUCAUCGGCGCUUCGUUCGGGACUACGAACCCGGGCCAACUUUCCUGGUUUCCUGCCGCGUACUCUCUUACUGUCGGUACAUUCAUCCUGAUUGCGGGGAGAUUGGGAGAUUUGUAUGGCCACAAGAGGUUCUUCAUCGCGGGGUUCUUGUGGUAUGGAUUAUGGUCUCUCAUAGCGGGGUUCAGUGUUUACUCGAGGAAUUCGCCGAUUUUCUUUGAUAUCUGUCGGGCGUUGCAAGGGAUUGGACCAGCAUUCCUACUCCCGAAUGCACUUGCGAUUAUGGGGAGGACGUAUAAGCAAGGGAGGAGGAAGGAUAUGGUGUUCAGUAUCUUUGGGGCUACUGCGCCUUCUGGGUUCCUCGUCGGAGCAGUCUUCUCCUCGCUCUUUGCACAGCUGGCGUGGUGGCCGUGGGCUUUUUGGACCAUGGGGAUGAUCAACGUCGCGCUUGCGGUGGCGGCAUAUUUUGCUAUCCCUCAUACGCCGAGUCCGAUACAUGAGAAUGACGGGACGAGUAUGUUUGCCCGGAUCGACGGGUUCGGUGCUAUCAGUGGUGUCGUGGCGUUGGUGCUCAUCAACCUUGCAUGGAACCAAGGACCGAAUGCCGGAUGGUCGACGCCUUAUGUCUAUAUCAUGCUCAUUAUCGGCUUCGUCUUCAUCGGUGUCUUCGGAUUCAUAGAAUCGAGGGCCAAAUAUCCUUUGGUACCAAUGGAUGCCUUGACGAAGGAUACCGCGUUCGUACUAGGCUGUAUAGCAGCCGGAUGGUCGAGUUUCGGAAUCUGGGUGUUCUAUCUUUGGCAAUUCGUAGAAGAGCUCCGCGGACAGAGUCCGCUUCUCACCAGUGCGCAGUUUGCACCAUGUGCCGUCUCUGGGUUGGCAGCUGCCCUCACGACAGGAGCUGUACUGCACAAACUAGGGCCGAGCGUCGUGAUGAUGGCCUCCAUGCUCGCCUUUACCAUUGGAGGCGUCUUAAUCGCCACUGCACCUGUGGGACAGACAUAUUGGGCCCAGACUUUCGUCAGUAUCGUUAUUAUGCCGUGGGGUAUGGAUAUGAGCUUUCCAGCUUCGAAUAUCCUGUUGAGUAACCACAUGCAUCACGAUCACCAGGGUGUCGCUGCGAGUUUGGUCAACACUGUCAUCAAUUAUUCAGUCAGUAUCGGACUUGGUUUUGCUGGAACAGUAGAGAGCCAGGUGAACCAUGGAGGUAUGGACUUACUGAGAGGAUAUCGAGGUGCGUGGUAUAUGGAGAUUGGGUUGGCGUCUUUGGGCUUAUGUAUAUCAUUCUUGUAUGCUUUGACUCAGUUGAGUGAUAGAAGUCGAAACAAAAAGCAGGAUGAGGCUGGAGGCGCAUGAUAGAUCGUAGAAUUAUAGAGCUGAAAUAGAUAUGAAACCU